AUGAAAAAAAGACUGACUAUAUGUCCAAUUGCAACAAAAUCAGCUUUUGAUGACAACAACGCUAACAAACCAGGGAGUAUUGGUCAGUCACAGCAACAAACGACUGACACAACGCCAUCUACAUCUGAGGUUAGUCAACAAAUGGCUGGUACAUUGCUAACUUCACCAUCACCAGCUAUGGCUGCAGGGUCCGAUCUAAGGGAAGCAAGCCGGACAUUUGCCCAGAGCGGCAAAAAAUGA